GUUCACUUUCCGCUCGCUCCCAGGCCGCCCCGUUCCUCCCUCCCGCUUGUUCCCAUCCCUUCGAGCAAAGGAAAUAAAGAGAGAUGGGAGGAGAAGUGGGAGACUUAUGAACGCGUAGUAUAACCUGGACGUCAUGGGAAGGGAGUCGACGAGAGAAGGAAUGGCGAGAGACGGCGGCGGAGAGAGGAACAAAGGAGAUGAGACGGUGCCAUUCUUUAAGCUCCUAUCAUUUGCGGACAAGAAAGAUGUGGUGUUGAUGGUGCUCGCCACGAUCGGGGCGCUUUUUAACGGGAUGGCGAUGCCGAUCAUGACCAAGAUCUUCGGCGAGCUCGUGGAUGCGUUCGGCGCAAACGACAGGGACAUGGUGGUCGAGAAGGUGUCCAAGGUGGUCGUAAAGUUUGUCUAUUUAGGUGCUGCGGCAGGUGUUGCUGCCUUUCUACAGGUGUCAUGUUGGACGGUGUCUGGAGAAAGACAGGCUGCACGAAUUCGUGGUUUAUACCUCAAAACCAUAUUGAGACAGGAUAUUUCUUUCUUUGACACCGAAACAUCAACUGGGGAAGUCAUUGGAAGAAUGUCAGGGGACACCAUACUCAUCCAAGAGGCCAUUGGUGAGAAGGUUGGGAAGUUCUUACAACUAGUUGCAACUUUCAUUGGUGGCUUUAUUGUAGCGUUCAUUGCAGGCUGGCGUCUGGCACUUGUAACGCUGUCAGGUAUACCUCCUAUUGUCAUUGCUGUUGCAGCCUUAUCCAUGACAAUGGCCAAAAUCUCAAGCCGUGGACAAGCAGCAUAUUCUGAAGCCGGAACUGUAGUUGAACAAACAAUUGGAUCCAUCAGAACUGUUGUUUCCUUCACCGGUGAGAAGCAUGCCAUCGACAAGUACAACAAUCUCAUAAGAAAUGCAUACAAAUCCACUGUUCAAGAAGGAAUUGCUUCUGGCCUGGGAGUUGGUUUUGUUCUGUUGAUUGUGUUCUGCAUGUAUGGGUUAGCUUUAUGGUAUGGUUCCAAGUUGAUAAUUGGGAAUGGCUAUGAAGGUGGAUCUGUUAUUAAUGUUAUAAUGUCUAUUAUGACUGGUGGAAUAGCCCUAGGUCAGGCAUCCCCAUCUGUGAGUGCAUUUGCAGCAGGGAAAGCCGCUGCAUAUAAAAUGUUCGAGACAAUCAAUCGAAGACCAGAGAUUGAUGCCUCUGACAUGAGUGGUAUUGUCCUAGAAGAUAUCAAGGGUGACAUUGACCUGAAGGAUGUUUACUUCCGCUACCCAGCAAGGCCUGAUCAGCUGAUAUUUGAUGGCUUCUCAUUGCAUGUACCAAGUGGGACCACUAUGGCACUAGUUGGAGAGAGUGGUAGUGGAAAGUCAACUGUGAUUAGUUUGGUAGAGAGAUUCUAUGAUCCUCAAGCUGGGGAAGUGCUGAUAGAUGGUGUCAACAUAAAGAAACUGAGGCUCGGAUGGAUAAGGGAAAAAAUUGGACUUGUUAGCCAAGAACCAAUCUUGUUUACGACCACCAUUAAAGAGAACAUUUCCUAUGGAAAAGAAGGUGCGACAGAGGAAGAAAUUCGCAGAGCAAUUGAACUUGCUAAUGCUGCCAAGUUCAUCGAUACGAUGCCUGAUGGACUUGAUACAAUGGUUGGUGAGCAUGGAACUCAACUCUCCGGUGGACAAAAACAAAGAAUUGCAAUCGCUAGAGCAAUUCUGAAAAACCCUAAGAUCCUCCUUCUAGAUGAAGCAACAAGUGCAUUGGAUGCUGAAUCUGAGAAAAUAGUUCAAGAUGCACUGGUGAGAAUCAUGGUAGACAGGACCACCAUAGUUGUUGCCCAUCGCUUGACCACUGUGAAAAAUGCUGAUACCAUAUCAGUUGUGCAUCGGGGAAAAUUAGUAGAGCAAGGUUCACAUUCAGAGUUGAUCAAAGAUCCUGAUGGGGCUUAUUCUCAACUCAUACGCCUGCAAGAGGCUAAUAAACAAGCAGAAAGAGCAUCUUCAGAGGAUUUGGGAAAGUUAUUUUCGAGUUCUGAUGCAAGAAAAUCUUCAUUCAGAUCUGAGAGUUAUCGGUUUUCCUUCAGAAGAUCCAUCAGUAGACCUUCCUCAUAUGGUGGAAGCGGCAGGCAUUCUUUCGCUAUACCCCUUGGUUUGGUUGGUGCUGUGGAAUUCCAGGGGGAUGGCCCUAUAGAAGAUGAACUCAAGGAAAAACAGGACGAUAAUGAUCAAGUGGACAAGCAAGUAUCUCUCAGACGGCUGGCCUAUCUGAACAAGCCAGAGAUUCCGGUUCUUUUAGGAGGAUCCAUCGCUGCAGCUGGUAACGGAGUGAUUUUUCCAGUGUUUGGACUGUUGAUCUCGACUGCCAUCGAGAUAUUCUAUAAACCGCCAGAGAUGCUCCGUAAAGAAUCUGUAUUUUGGACACUGAUGUUUGUACUUUUGGGAGGCAUUUCACUCCUUGUUGUGCCUAUACAACACGUGUUGUUUGGAGUGGCAGGCGGGAAGUUGAUUGAGCGUAUACGCUCCCUAUCAUUUAAGAGCGUGGUGCACCAAGAGAUCAGCUGGUUUGAUGAGCCUCAAAAUUCCAGUGGGGCGAUAGGGGCAAGGCUAUCAGCGGAUGCUUCAACAAUCCGAAGUCUUGUAGGGGAUUCCUUGUCACUGAUUGUUCAGAAUCUAGCGACUAUUGUCACAGGGCUUGUGAUAGCGAUGGUUGCAAACUGGAAGCUUUCACUCAUAGUCCUAGUAUUGAUACCUUUCUUGAGUUUGCAAGGGUAUGCACAGGUUAGGAUGCUUGAGGGAGUCAGUGCAGACGCCAAGGUAAUGUAUGAAGAAGCAAGUCAAGUGGCAAAUGAUGCAGUCAGCAGUAUUCGGACAGUCGCUUCUUACUGUGCAGAAAAUAGGAUUAUGGAUACCUAUCAAAAGAAAUGUGAAACUCCUUUAAAAAGUGGAAUCCGACGGGGAAUUAUAAGUGGCUUGGGUUUAGGUUUCUCAUUCUUGGUGCUUUAUUUCUCCUACGCUAUUUGUUUCUAUGUUGGAGCACUUUUUGUGCGUAAUGGGAAUGCAUCCUUUAGAGAUGUAUUCAGGGUCUUCUUUGCUUUAACAAUGGCAGCCCAAGGAGUUUCACAGUCAAGCGCACUUGGUCCAGAUACCAAUAAAGCUAAGGAUUCGGCUGCUUCUAUUUUUGCAAUUGUUGAUCGGAAGUCCAAGAUUGAUUCAAGCACCGGUGAGGGGACAGUAUUAGCAAAUGUGAAUGGAAAAAUUGAGUUCCAACAUAUCAGCUUCAACUAUCCUAGUCGUCCACAUAUCCAGAUCUUCAGAGACUUGUGCUUGAAAAUUCCCUCUGGAAAGAGUGUUGCACUUGUUGGAGAAAGCGGCAGUGGAAAAUCCACGGUUAUCUGUCUACUGGAAAGGUUCUAUGACCCAGAUUCUGGUAGGAUCUUGUUAGACGGAGUGGAGGUUCAAAAGUUCAAUAUUAAUUGGCUGAGACAACAGAUGGGAUUGGUAGGCCAAGAGCCUGUUUUAUUCAAUGACACAAUUCGUGCCAACAUAGCUUAUGGGAAGGAAGGGGAGGUAGCUGAAGAGGAGAUCAUUGCAGUUGCUGAAGCAGCAAAUGCCCAUAAGUUCAUAUCAAGUCUUCCUGAAGGAUAUAACACCAAUGUCGGGGAAAGAGGGGUGCAGCUAUCAGGUGGGCAGAAGCAACGCAUAGCAAUCGCAAGGGCAAUUCUCAAGGACCCUAGAAUUCUUCUGCUUGAUGAAGCAACGAGCGCUUUGGAUGCAGAGUCUGAGCGACUUGUCCAAGAAGCUUUGGACAGAGUGAUGGUUGGAAGGACAACUAUUGUUGUAGCUCAUCGGUUAUCAACAAUUAAGGGUGCUGAUAUAAUUGCAGUCGUGAAGAAUGGAGUGAUUGCCGAGAAAGGACGACAUGAGACGCUGAUGGAGAUACCCGAUGGAGCAUAUGCUUCACUUGUUGCACUUCAUCUGAAUUCUUCGUGAUAGGAUGAUGCAGUGGUUGCUUGAAAAACAAUGCAAAAAAUCUUCCUUUUUUUCGAUU